AUGAAACAUAAUAACGUCAUACCAAAUGCCCAUUUUAAUAAAAAGUGGCAAUUACAUGUUCGCACUUGGUUUGACCAAGCUGGCCGUAAAACACGUCGUCACCAAAAACGUUUAGUUAAAGCUCAACGUGUUGCUCCUCGGCCAGCUAAAGGUGCACUACGUCCCAUUGUUCAUGGUGAAACACGUCGGUACAACAUGAAAGUUCGUGCUGGACGCGGUUUUUCAUUGGAUGAAAUUCGUACUGCUGGUCUUCAUCCAAAAUAUGCUCGAACCAUCGGUAUUUCUGUUGACCAUCGACGACGAAAUAAAUCAACUGAAGCUUUUCAACUCAAUGUUCAACGUUUAAAACAGUAUCUUGGCAAACUCAUUCUAUUUCCAUUGAAAGCCGAUAAACCAAAGAAGAACGAUGCUAAACCAGAAGAAAUCAAAUUGGCCGUACAACUUAGAAAACAAGCUGUAAUGCCAGUUAAACAACGUGUAAUACGUGAAAAAGCUCGACCAAUCAGUGAUGCUGACACUAAAUUCAAUGCUUAUCAAGCUUUACGUAUGGCACGUGCUGACGCAAAAUUAGUCGGACAACGUGAAAAGAAAGCCAAACAAGCAGCUGAAGAUGAGAAAAAACCGAAAAAAGAGAAAUGA